AAACGACUCAUGGAAUGGUUGUUAAUACAAGAUAUAUGGAUUUAAAAGUUAUGGAUUACAUAUUUGUAAUUUAGUGAGUGUAACAACAAAAGAAACAGAGGACCAAUCAGAAGGGUGAUAUUCGGAGAAAACCCUAUAAAAACCCCAAUCUCAAGGUCAGAAUGGCUGAUUCUCCUUGGAAUAAGUGCUGAGAAGACUACAGAACCUCUGUCCACCAGCCAGUGCACCUGCCCAAGCUUCUCCGCCUGCUAAAUAGUGUGAGUGGUAAUCAGAACGUCAACCAUCGCCCGUUCACCCGAAGCCUACCUCCGAAUCUGUGGACUCUUUGCCGAAGAGGCUCCAGUGCCACCAUCACCAGCAACACACCUCAUCGGAAGUCCAACGUUCUUAGUUUUAGUUCUUCUUUUAUAAUGUUUUUUUCUCGUCAUUAAAAAAUGUGGUUAAAAAGGCAAUAUAAUGUAAGUAGUCAACAGGCUGCAAUUUUGAAAUUUUUCCUCAACGCUAUUACUACAAUAACGCUAUUUAAUUUAGUGCACAUUUAAUAUGACAAUCUGAAUAAACAAUUGCCAAAUUUCACAUUAUUGUAGUGCAUUCUUGGUUUUUCAUCUUUUAAAAAUUUAUGAAGUGAAUUUAAAAUUUGGACUAUUAAUUCUAUAAAUGCAAUUAGAAAAAGACCAAACAAAGAUACACGAAUGUACUUUUUGUGAAAAUAAAUUUCGUACAAAAUGGGAGUUAGAAGUUCACAUGAGGUCUCAUACUGGUGAAAAACCGUUUGAAUGCAAUAUUUGCGGAAAAAAAUUCUCCCAGUCUGGAAAUUUAUUAGUUCACAAAAAAAUACAUUUUGAAGAAAGACCAUUCAAAUGCAACUACAAAGACUGUACAUACACUGCGAAAAGGAAAGAUGUUUUGAUAGAACAUGUCAAUCGAACACAUCUAAAAAUUUCACCAAAAAAACCGGAGAAAGUUCAUAAAUGUCAUAAAUGCGAUAAGAGUUUUGAAUGGUUAUCUACUUUGACAUUGCACCUGACAUCUCAUGGAAAAAAACGACGAUUCUUAUGUGAAAUUUGUAAGAAAACUUUCAAACAUAAAUAUCACUUAACUAGACACAUGAAGAUAGUACAUCCACAGAAACAAACCGAAUCUUUUUCCACAGCAACCGUUGAAUAUAUUCAAGAUGUAGAAUAUGACAUUGUAGAGAAAAAGCAGAAAGAAUCAAUGGAAAAACCAUCAAUGAGUGAUAAAAAAUCUCAAUCAGUAGAAUAUGAAGAAGCUGUUGUGGAAACCCUUAGUAUCAGUUCAGAAAAUACUGAAAUUAUGAAUAGAGACGAAUAUUUAAACAUGAACGAACUGGAAGAUUUACCAGAAUUGGAAAUUUUUUCAGAAGUGAUAAUUGAAGGAAUCGAACUAGAAUGUCACGUCUGUGAAGAGAAAUUUGACAACGAAGUAGCUCGUAGAGAACAUGAAGCGAAAUUUCAUUAAUUUGCAAAGCAUACGAUUUGGUAACGAUGUUACAAACGUUUUAAAUCAUGCAUUCUUUUUUUGUUUGUUAUAAAAAUAUUUUUGAUGUUUUGCAUGCAGAAAAUCAGAUUAGUA